AUGAUACCGGGGAGGCCUUCUUUUAGCACCGGUAGCUAUGAGUCAGUCGGGGUAGUCACUCCCAAGAGAAGGGCUGAGAAUGAACACAAGACUUUGAAGACCAGACUCAGGAAAGCGGACGGGAACAACAACGACGUAGUGACGUUGACUAAAUACGAGAUUUCGCUUAAAGUACAUAAGCGGGCCAACGGACGGCAAUGA